ACUGGUGCUCCGUUGUGCUCCGUUCUCCCGGUGAGAUGAUGAUGGCAGCGGAGGGACAGAGAGUGGUGCUGAUCACCGGCUGCUCGUCCGGUAUCGGGCUCGCGAUCGCCGUGAUGCUCGCGAGAGACGAGAUGAAGCGCUACUACGUCAUAGGGACCAUGCGGGAUCUGAAGAGGAAGGAUAAGUUAGUUGAAGCGGCAGGAGACGUGUACGGUAAAACUCUGUCUCUGCUCACGCUGGACGUCUGCAGUGAUGAAUCUGUCAAACAGUGUGUCGACAGCAUCAGAGAUCGACAUGUAGACAUACUGAUUAAUAACGCUGGCGUGGGUCUGGUGGGGCCGAUUGAGGCUCUCAGUCUGGACGAGAUGGAGCAGGUGUUCGAGACCAAUUUCUACGGUGUUGUGCGCAUGAUUAAAGAGGUGAUGCCUGACAUGAAGAGGAGACGCUCCGGACACAUCAUCGUCAUCAGCAGCGUGCUGGGCCUGCAUGGUGUGGCGUUUAAUGAUGUUUACUCCGCGUCAAAGUUUGCCACGGAGGGACUGUGUGAGGGUCUCGCCAUCCAGCUGAUGAAUUUUAACGUCUACGUGUCCAUGAUCGAGCCCGGGCCUGUAAACACUGAGUUUGAGCUGAAGCUGAUGAAAGAAGUCUCUAAGAAGGAGUUUGUUGGUGCUGAUCCAGAGACGCUCCAUCACUUCAGGUCCUGCUACCUGCCCACACAAGUCAACCUCUUCCAAGGCCUGGGACAAACACCUAAAGACGUCGCUAAGUGCACUAAGAAGGUGAUUGAGUCGUCACGGCCUCCGUUCCGUAACCUGACGAAUCCUCUGUACACUCCGAUCGUGGCGCUGAAGUACGCGGAUGAGACGCGCAGGCUGUCUGUUCACACCUUCUAUCACAUGCUGUAUAACCUGGGAGGAGUCAUGCAUGUUACCGUGAGAAUCAUGAAGUUCUUGAGCUUCGGAUGGUUACGGAGAAGAUCCAUCUCACCAACCUAACACACACUCACACACACACACACACACACACACAAACUAACAAUAUCACCAACCUAACACACACUCUCACACACACACACACACACACACUAUCAAUAUCACCAGCCUAACACACACACACACACACACACACACUAGCAAUAUCACCAGCCUAACACUCACACACACACUCUCUCUCUCUCUCAAACACAUGCAUACUACUGUACAAACAGAAAUAUGUGUAUUUCUAUCUUUGAACAGAUUAAAUUCUAGAUGCACAAAUACUUUGUUAGAGAAAUGUUGAUUAUCUUUGUAGCUUUCAGAGUAAGAGCCUAAUAUGAGAUAAUUUCUGAUUGUAUAUAAAGCACUAUAGUAAUGUAGAUUUCUGAUUGAAACUGAAUGUUAUUUCUAGAGAUAUUUGAGUGAUAGCUGUGUGGCUCCUGUCAUAUAAAGCUGUUGUGCUGGUGGAGAAAUAAUAAAGCAGAAAAGAGCAUCA